UUUCAAAUCCUUCAAUUUCUCCCAAUCCUAAUCCAAACAAAACCGAAUAGCUUCAUAGUUUUUUCUAAAUGAUUCGAAAAUUCGACCGGCACAGUCGCCGGAUACUGAAAUUCCCGGUGGUCCAUCCCUGCGAGGGGAUAUCUCCGGCGACACUCCUCGAAUCCCUAAUCACUCUCUCACACGACAUCUGCGAUUUCCAGUUCAAACCCUUGGCAUCACAGCGCAGAAACGCCCGCGAAACUCUCCGGCAGAUCUCAAUCCUUUCAUUAUUCUUCGAGGAAAUCCGCGAGCACGCGCCGAGCAUGUCGGAUUCGAUCAUCCUCUGCUUGUCGGAGCUCCACGUCACGCUCCAGAGGAUUCAGCUCCUGCUCUCAGACUGCGCGCGCGACGGCGCCAAAAUGCUGAUCCUGAUGAGGUCCCACUCCGUGGCGACGCAGUUCCGCUCGCUGAUCCGGACCAUCGCGACGGCGCUCGACGUCCUGCCGCUGGACGCGAUCCGCGUCCCCGGCGAUAUCAAGGAGGUUGUGGAGAUGCUGCGGAAGCAGGCGCGGAGGGCGAGGAUGGAAGUCGACGCCGCCGACGAGGCCGCCACAAAGCGAGUGCUGCUCGUCCUCAACCAGUUCGAGAACCGGUUCGAACCCGACCCGUUCAUGAUCAGGCGGGUCCUCGGAUACCUACACAUCAAUUCGUGGUUGGAAUGUCACAAAGAAAUCAGAUUUUUGGAGGAUGAAAUCUGCGCCGGAUAUUUAGAUGGCGACGAGAGGGAGGUGCCGUUACUGAGCAGUUUAAUCGGAUUGUUGAGUUAUUGCAGGGGAGUUCUGUUCGAGGACUACGAUGUGGAAGUAAUAAAUCAAUCAGAUGCGAGAGGUAGCAAUGUGGAGGUGCUUAACUGCUUGAAUCCCGAGGAUUUCCGGUGCCCGAUCUCGCUCGAGCUGAUGACCGAUCCGGUGACGGUGGCGACGGGGCAGACAUACGACCGUGUCUCGAUUCAGAAAUGGCUGAAAUCGGGGAACUUCGUCUGUCCCAAGACAGGGGAGAAGCUGACGAGCACGGAGCUCGUGCCCAACACGAGCCUCAAGAAACUCAUCCAGCAGUUCUGCGCCGAAUACGGCGUGUCCAUGGCCAAAUCGAGCAAGAACAAUCGAGAUAUCUCCAGGACUAUCUUGCCCGGGAGCCCCGCCAAUGCGGCAGCCGUCAAAUUCCUGUCGGAAUAUCUUACACUCAGCCUAGGUUACGGAAAUGACCGGCAGAAGAGCAAGGCGGCCUACGAAAUCCGCCUCCUGGCUAAGUCGAAUCUCUUCAACCGCUGCUGCUUGAUUGAAUCCGGCUCGAUCCCACCUCUCUUAGAAUUGCUCGAUUCAACCGACCCCACAAUGCAGGAAAAUGCGGUUUCAGCCUUGCUGAAGCUCUCCAAGCAGCCGAGAGGCCAGAAAUCGAUCAUUGAAAACGGCGGCCUCAACUCGGUUCUCGCCGUUCUCAAGCACGGCCAGAAACCGGAGUCAAAACAGAUUGCGGCUGCAAUCAUCUUCUACCUCGCUUCAAUACACGAGCAGCGUAAGAAGAUCGGAGAAAACAAGGAAACAAUCCCUUCCUUGCUGGAGCUGAUCAGACAUGGCAACCCCUGCGGUAAGAAAAACGCGGUGGUGGCUCUCUUCGCGCUGCUCUUCUACCACAGGAACCGCGACAGGGCCAUAGCAGCGGGCGCGGUGGCGACGCUGUUAGGCUUGCUAGAGUCUUCAGACAGAGCUGAGGUGAAGACAGACACGCUGGCAGUGUUAUCCAGAUUGGCAGACAGUUUUGAUGGCUCGGCACAGAUCAUGGAAGCGGCGAUUCCAUCAAUCCUUAGACUUCUGUAUGCUAUCGAGACGCAGGCUGGGAAAGAGUACUGCGUCUCGAUCCUGCAUUCCCUCUGCCUCAACUGCGGAGCUGAUGUGGUGUCCGUUUUGGUGAGGGACGCGUCUCUCAUGACGGCGCUCUACUCGCUCGUCACGGAGGGGACGUCGCAUGCGGGGAGGAAGGCGCGGUCGCUUAUCAAGAUCCUGCACAGGUUCUGUGAGACGAGGUCGUCUGAUCACAAGAGGGAGCUCAGGCCAGAACAAGAUCAGUUUGUUGAUGUUUGGUGAUGGUUUGCAACCUCUAUUUUUCUCUGUAAAUACUUACGAAAUAGGCUCAGCAAAAGGUGUAUUGUAUGUAUCUUCAUGGAGGAUUUUGAUUAUGAUUCCUCGUUGUAUUUUUAUAGGUUUUAGCUCGAGUUUUUGGGAGCUAAUACCCUGCAAGGUCCAUCCAUUUUCAGACCUUCAUAGAGAUGUUUGUCCAUUCUUUGCUGUAAUAAUACAGUGUCAUGUUGUUAUAUUA